AUGAUGGGCCUCAUAGCUCUUGACAUAUCAAAAGCGUAUGAUACUACCUGGCGCCCCCGUAUUGUUAAAAUAUUGUCAAACAUUAUCUGUAAAGGUAAUUUAUUCAACUUUAUACAGAACUUCCUUACCGACAGAACCUUCCAGGUGAAGUGCAACGGAAAACUAUCGAAAAUAUAUUCUCAAAAAAACGGCGUACCACAAGGAUCCACACUAUCGGUAUCGCUAUUCUUAUUAGCGAUUAAUGAUAUACCACUAGUUAUACAACCCCCGGUUAUGUGCACACUAUUUGCCGAUGACUUCAACAUAUUCUGCAGAGGCAUCAAUACAAAUAGAACUAUAAAUUACCUGCAGAAUGCAAUAACUGCACUACAAGACUGGUCUCUUGUCUCGGGUUUCUCUUUUUCAGUCGAAAAAUCACAAUGUACUUUCUUCACUAAUAAAAGAAAUGUUGUUAACACCACCAUAUAUAUGAACAAUAUUCCCAUACCAAUUAAAAACUCCAUCAAAAUAUUAGGCAUACUCUUUGAUUCAAGAAACACGUGGAUACCACAUCUCAAGACCAUCCGAAAGGACUCACUUCUAAGAAUGAAUACGCUAAAAUGCCUCGCCCACAGGUCAUGGGGAAGUCACUCCUCUAGUCUAUUACAAAUUUAUAAAGCACUCAUCCUAUCCAAACUCGAAUAUAACUCAUUCCUGUUCAUAAAAGCUAAGGCAACAGCACUCAAAAUGUUUGAUACCAUACACAACACAGGGUUAAGACUCGUUACCGGAGCCUUCCGCUCCAGCCCGAUUCCCAGCGUGCUCAAUACAGCUGGAGUAGCCCCACUCGACAUCAGGAGAGUCCACAGCUCCAUAUUACUAGCAACCAGACGCACUCAAAAUAACCUCAAGGUAAUGAAUCAAAUCAAUGACACCCUUAAAGACAUACCAUUCUCCCACCUGGACGUUAUCAAGAACGAAACCAUACAGACGGCCCCUUGGCUAUUAAAUAUCCCAAUCAACAGAGAACUAAGUAAAUAUUCGAAGAACGACACCGCCCCCAUAAUUUACAAACAACAUCUACGUUCAAUCAUCUCCGGGUUCCACGAUUUUACUGAAAUUUAUACGGAUGGUUCCAAAACGGAAAACGGUGUUGGAGCAGCUGUAGUAAUCCAGGACCACGUAUCUAUGCUGAGACUCCCCAACUUUUGCUCAAUAUACACAGCUGAAGCAACUGCAGUUUCAUUUGCCUUAGACCUAAUUAAAACUAAUCACAUACACAAAGCAGUAAUCCUCAGUGACUCACUUAGUACCUUGAGGAGUAUUGAAAAUAUCUACAAUCCAAACGAGAUCUCCAGGAAAAUCCAGAACCAGAUCUAUAACCUUACACACACCGGCUACUCAAUUACCUUAUUAUGGAUACCCAGUCACAAUCAAAUUCAGGGAAAUGAAAGAGCUGACCAAAAAGCACGCCAAGCAAUUACAUCAACGGAUGCCAUUAGACUUAAUCAUUUCACCCUACACGACGCCAAACUCAUAACUAGUAUAAUAAAUAACAACAUAUGGCUACGGGCAUGGAAACAAGGUACAUCCAAAUUAAACGAAAUUAAAAAUACCAUCCACACAUGGCCUUCUCCACCAGACUUCACAAGGAAAAUGGAAACCUCAGUCAACAGAAUCCGUAUAGGACAUACAUCACUAACACACCAGUAUCUGAUGAAGAAGGAAGAUCCACCCCUAUGUGCCAGCUGCGGUACCCCUCUCUCAAUAAAACAUAUCAUAACCGAAUGUCUUGCAUACGAAACUGAGAGACGGGAAGCAGGCAUCUCAAGCAUUCUGUCAGAAGCCCUCCACCCAGACAACAUAAGACAAAUAAUAAUCUUUAUUAAUAAGUCCAACCUUAUAAAUAGUAUUUGA